AUGGAAAUUAAAGUAAGUCUUUGCCGUUUUUUUACUGUAAAAAAAAUUAUUUUCGCACUGUGCGCUUGAAAUUUUUUUCCUGCACUGUGCAACCAAAGUUUAAUUUUGAUGCACUGUGCAAAUCGUCGUCAGUUCGAACGAAAAAGAUCCCAAGGUGCAUCGCAACGAUAAGUGCUUUGUGAUUGCACAGUGCAGAAGUUUCCGACUUCAUUGUUUUUGGUUUGCACAGUGCAACAAAAAUUCAAUCUAUUUUUCGCACCGUGCAAAAACAUGAGCGACAAAACUCCGUCCAAGGUGCAUCGCUGCGACAAGGGGUUGAGAUUGCACUGUGCAGAACCCUUCGAUUUCUCAUCGACAUUUUCGUACGCACAGUGCGGAAGACAAAAACUUAUUGUUUCCGCACAGUGCAAAAAAACAUUUCCAGAGUUUUCUGGCCCAUUUGGUAUUGCUUGAGCAAAAUUUUUAGAUAAAUUGCUUGCACUGAGAAUAAAAAUUUUUGCACUAACGAUUUAUUGAAAUUUACCACGUCGAAUCACAGUAAUCAUGCAUUUUUCAGACAACAAAUUCGUUUGGACUCGCGGACCUUUCCCAAAUCGCCUCGGUGUCGAAUGGCGGUGACAACAAUCUUCCCAGUAUAAUCCCAAAAGACAAGAAUCUCUACGUUUCCAUCUCAGCCGGAGGCGAUUCUGUGGUUCUUCAGAGUAAGCGAAAUUUAAAUUUUUUUAUUUUGUUCCUAGACAAUAACGGCCAGUUCUAUUCUCUGCCCUUCUCGGACUUUGAGUUCUCUUCCAUAAACUCAAAUCUAUUCUCCAUCGCCUCCAAGACCAAAGACGAAACACAAUUUUUGCGAUUUAAAGACUCCCACAGUAAGCGAAUCAUGGAUAACAUCAGAAAUCAGGUUAUAGGGAGUUCCAGAGGGCGAUAAAGUUAUCCCAAAUGGCUGUGAGAGAAACGCCGGAGAAGGAGAGCAAGGAGAACGAGUUUACGGAGAGGACCGAGGACAACUCGGCGGAGGUUUACUUCCAUUUCUACGGGCUCCUGCAUCAGCAACAGAACAUGCUGCAGGAUUAUGUUCGAACCUCCACAUACCAGAACUCUUUCCUAUGGAAUUGCGGCGAUUUUGAUGGCAAAGUGGUGCUGGAUGUUGGGGCCGGGACGGGGAUUCUGUCGUUCUUUGCUGUUCAAGCGGGCGCCAAGAAAGUUUAUGCGGUGGAAGCCAGUUCUAUGGCUGUGCAUUGUCAAGUAAGGGCCUGGAAUAUUCUUUAUUAUUUUAUAGAGUUUAUGGACAGUCGCUUUCUCUUGCAAAAAAGUCCAUUUUUUGAUGACAAUUUGAAAUUUUUUUGCUAAAAAUUUCGCUUUUUCGAAGACAUCAGCAAAAUUUUUGCCACCAUUUUCAUUUUUUAGGAACUGAUCAGAACCAACAAUCUCUCCGACAAAAUAACUUUAAUUCCCGGUAAAAUCGAAGAGGUCAGCAUCCCGGAGACGGUGGAUAUUAUAAUAUCGGAGCCCAUGGGGUACAUGCUGGUCAAUGAGCGGAUGUUGGAGAGCUUCGUCUACGCCCGGAAAUUCCUCAAGCCGAAUGGUAACACAUAUUAUGAUGUAUUAUGACUUCAUUGUUUACUUUUAGGCCAAAUGUUCCCCACCAAAAGCAACAUGUACUUUUCCUUGUUCAGCGACGAGCUCCUGUAUCAGGAGACCGUGCAGAGAUGCACUUUCUGGCAUCACGAACACUUCUACGGCGUGAAUUUGAGUGGUCUCAAGAAUCAGGCAUAUGUGGAGAACUUUAAACAACCGGUUGUGGUCAGUUUUAUCUUUAUUUGACGAAAAGUUGUCGCCAAAAAACGGUUUUUUCCCGCUUUCCUCAUUUUACAUGAUCUGUCGCAAAAUUGAUUAAUAUCGCUGCGCCUAAAAAUCAUGGAUUAAAAUUUUUAGAGAUUAAAAUACGAUAUAUUUUGGGCAUAUUUUUAAAAUUUGAGGAUAGCCGGAAGCCCUGCCUCACCUUUUAUAUUAUACUUGACAUCUUCCUUGAUCUGGUAAUAUCUUUAAAUUUCAGGACAAUUGGUCCCCCACAAUCGUCUGUUCCGACGUCCUGGUGUGGCCCUACGACUUUGAGAAGGAUUCCGUUGAGAAAUUGCAUACCAUCGACAUUCCAUUCACGUUUACAGCCACUCGAACGGCGUUUGUUCAUGGUCUGGCCUCUUGGUUUGAUGUUUUGUUUUGUGGAACACAGUAAGAUCAUCUUAUUUUUAUCGAAUAGGAUCCUUUAGGAAAGAAGUCCGGCUCUCAACCGGCCCCAGCGACCCUCCCACCCAUUGGUAUCAAGUCCGAUGUCUUUUCGGUGAUCCGGUUCUCAUAAAACAAGGUGAAAAAGCGACCGGUCGACUCCUAAUGACGGCCAAUCAACGACUCAGCUAUGAUAUUGAGUUGACUGUGGAGAUCAAUGGGCAAAUCCGGCGGAACCAACUCGAUCUCAAGAACCCUCACUUCCGUUACAGUAGUAACCCGGGUACCCUCGAACUUAUACCUCCCGAGCACCCACCGAGCGCUCCAGAACCCCCACUUUCGAACGCCAUGUCCUUCGAAAACAUCCACAAUAGCGAUGUGAAGUAUUAA